UCCUCAACUACACUAGUGUGUCAUCAGCUCUCCGUCGGAACAAGGUAAAGAUGUUCGCCUUUACCUGGUUUUCACCGAGCACCUGGACUUUACUGGCUCUGUUUGUCACCCUGCUGCUACUGUAUGGCAUUUGGCCAUACAGGUUUUUCAGAAAGCUGGGUAUACCCGGACCAAGACCUCUGCCUUUUGUCGGAACAAUGCUGAACAUGAGAAAGGGGUUGAUUGCUUUCGACCGUGAGUGCAUGGCCAAGUAUGGAGAUGUCUGGGGGUUGUACGAGGGACGAUCACCAUUUUUGAUGGUGUCUGACCCUGAGAUCAUCAAAACGGUGAUGGUGAAGGAAUGCUACUCUGUGUUUACCAACCGCAGGGAAAAUACCGUGGGUGGACCUUUGGCUGAUGCAAUUACAUCCGUGAAGGAUGAAAGGUGGAAGAGAAUACGGAGCACUUUAUCACCGUGUUUCACCAGUGGACGACUGAAACAGGUUUUCCCCAUUGUCGCUCGCUACGCAGACCGACUCGCUGAAAAACUUGGACGGACAAAUUUGGAUGAACCUGUCGAUGUCAAACAAUUUGUGGCACCUUACAGUUUAGAUGUUGUGACCAGCGCAUCUUUCAGUGUUGAGGCAAAUGCCAUAAACGAUCCAGAUGACCCCAUUGUUGUUCAUAUCAAGAAGGUUAUGAACUUCAGAUUAUGGAUCUUUUUCUUAUUAAUGGUAUUUCCCUUUGGUUCCCGUCUGUUGAACCUCCUGAAGAUUGACAUCAUAUCCACACCCAGUGUGGAUUACUUCUACAACAUCAUCAAAAGAUUUAAAGAUGAGCAUCGUGAAGAUGAAUCUGUGCGAGCUGACUUCCUGCAGGUGAUGGUUCAGAACGAGAUACCAGAAACAGACAUAAAGAGCGAACACGACCAGCCAAGCAAAGGUUUGACUGAGCACGAGAUCCUUUCCCAGGCUUUCAUUUUCAUCUUUGGUGGCUAUGAGACCACCAGCACCACUCUCACUUACAUCCUUUACAAUCUGGCCAUCAACCCUGAAGCAUUGCAGACGCUGCAUGAAGAAAUCGAUGCCAACAUACCAAAAGAUGCUCCCAUUUCAUACGAGGACGUGGUCGGUCUCGAGUACCUGGACCAGGUUCUUUGUGAGUCACAGCGCUUGCUUCCCACUGCACCCCGGCUUGAGAGGAUGUGCAAGAAAACUGUCCAGGUACACGGCCUCACCAUCCCUGAAGGAACCAUGGUUGGGAUUCCUGUGCACAUGUUACACAUGGACCCGCGCUUUUGGAGCUCACCUGAGCUUUUCAGGCCAGAGAGGUUCAGUAAAGACAGCGGGGAGGAGGUGAACCCCUACACCUACAUGCCGUUCGGUCUCGGCCCUCGUAACUGUGUUGGGAUGCGCUACGCUCUCCUCACCAUGAAGAUGGUUCUUGUCCGUCUCCUGCAGAGUUACACUGUGGAAACAUGCAAAGACGCCGUGAUCCCGCUGGAGUUUGACUGGAAGUUCCAGCCGAUGAAGCCAGUAAAACUCCAGUUUGCUCGCAGACAACAGUAGUUAAAAAGGAAGCAUCUCAGAGUACACCUUAAUUAUGAAUUCCUAUUGAAAUCACUAUUUUGUAGUUGUUUUAAUGUGUUGUAACUACUGACAGGAUGGCAGAGGUGGGGGAUGACAUGACUCAAGUGACUGAUAAAACACUCCACUUGACUUUGACUUGGUAUCCAUGACUUGAGACUUGAGUUUGACCUGCUCGGCUCACGUUUGGGGACUUUGACAGUGUGUUAUUAUCUCCCCUGCUCUCUGACAGCAGCAGGUAUGUUAUGUGAGUGGUGUGUCGUUCAUCCUGACCAGAGGGCUCGGAGCAGGAGAGGAAGUAUUUAAAUUGUUUUAUCAGUUGUCAGUCAGUCGAGUCAGUUCAUAGGAGGACCCAAAUGCAGGCCAACAGGCAGAGUCUUUAACAAAACGCGAGCUUUAAUGUAGCUGAUGGAAAACAUCCAGCACAGGCAGGCAACUAAAAGUCCAAAUGAAAGCAGAACAAAAAAACAAACUGAACAGGGAUGAGCACAGGAAAAACGCAGGGAUGAAGGCAGGAACGACCAGAGAGUGCACUCAGGAAGAACACAGGAUCAACACAGAAAACUAAUCACAAGAACGAGACACAGCUGGAGUAGGAGGACACAACCAGGGUGGAGCAAACAAGACUACUACAGAACAGGUGUGAAGGGAAGACUCUGGGAACAGGGAAGGACUAACGAGCCAGGUGUGUCAGAAAACCGGCGGGAAAGCACACAAAGACAGGAAACAAAACCAGACACGACACAUGAGGAGAGAAUCUACAGAAUAAAACAGGAAGCAGAUUAAACAUGAACGAACAACAUGAACCAAGGAACACGAACAGAAACCUCUUCGACAAAGUCUAUAGGAUAACAGAAUAAGAACAAACCCAGGAUCAGGACACCAGUAAAAGCAACUGCAAAAUCUUAAUUUGUUAAAUAACCAGUAACUGAAGCUGUCAGAUAAAAGCAGUGGAGUAAAGGUUUACGGUGACAUGACAAGAAAAGAUUUGUACUGACAGUAUUUGAGCUCGUGUGUUCGGUUACAUUCCACCACUGAGUGCAGCUUAUGUUACAUUAUCUUUAUGAGUUUGUGAGCGUGACUUGACUCGUGAUAUGCUUGACUUAUAGCAAGGACUUUAGACAUGCUUAUGACAUCCACAUGUGUGACUUACUCCCACCUCUGCAGGAUGGCAAGUUUGCACAGAAAGUAUUUAUACUACCUAAACUCAUAGACUUAGCAUUUAAAGGGACAGUUCACCCUAAAAUAAAAAAUAUAUAUGUAAUUUUCCUCUUACCUGUAGUGCUGUUUAUCAGUCCAGAUUGUUUUGGUGUGAGUUGCUGAGUGUUGGAGAUAUUGGCCAUAGUCUGUCUGCCUGCCUUUGCUUUAACAUAAUAGAACCAGAUGGCACUCGGCUUGUGGUGCUAAAAGCAUCAAAAAAUACACUUGGAAAAACGCAGCAAUGUCUCUUUCCAGAAGUCGUGACCUGGUUACCCAAUAAUCCACAGACCUUGUUGUGAGCAGUUAUACGUAGGAAGUUACAUCCGCUAACCGAAUCAAUGUACAGCAGGAGUCCUGCAUCUACUCAUGGAUGAGAGGAAAACAUGUAUUUUUGAUUUGGGGGUGAACUGUCCUUUUAAAACUCAACGCACCUUUGCUACUGAAACAUACUCAUAAGAGACCUAUUUGUAAGGGGCAGAUUAUAGAAUAUAAAACAACUUGAUUCAAGCACCUAUUUAGUUUAAUUUUGCAUUAGCUCUGCAUCAGUGUAGAGGAUUUUAAUGCAAAAGUCUGUUAAUUGACACACUUAACUGCACAAGCUUUGUAAUCUAACAAAAUUACAACCCACUUCAUUGUCUGUCGCUGUAUUAUUGAUGGGUAUUUGUCUCCCCCUAGUGGCUGGUUUAGCUUCAUCUGAAACACUCUGGUGACCAACUUUAAUGAGUUUUAGUUUAACUUUUAAGACUUUACCUCUCAUUAUUUUAAAAAAGAAUGUCAAAAUGGGAUGUCAGAUGCAAACAUUUUUAUCUAGUAGAUGAUUCACACUCAAUUUUGAGUCCAAUCAAGCUGCAUGUUUCUGUAAUGCAGCCCUAACAAACCAAAGUACCUGCAAAAACCACAUGGACACUCAGAGUACAUACAGACUUCACUUAUAACGAGUCAGGGCCAAGAAUCAAACUCACUGUCUCACUGAGAGCGUGCAUAUAGAGAGGGGAUUUGUUCUGUGGCCAACCUAAAAUACAGUCUGAAACAGGGGUGUUAAACUCAUUUUAGUUCACGGGCCACAUAGAGCCCAAUGUGAUCUCAAAGCAAAGUCAUCCAGUGGGCCGGAUUGGACCCUUUGGUGGGCCGGUUCUGGCCCCCGCUCCGUAAAAGUUUCUCCAUGUUCACUAAGGUUAAAUGUUAUCAUCUGAAGUAUACAAAACAUGAAAUAACUGAUGUUAGGGCAGAGACUGCGCAUUACAAAGAGGAGGUACAUUUCUGGCAGACUGAAAGGAUGUCUACCUCACUAUAACUUUUGUAGGAAAAGUAGAAACUUCUCCAUAUCCUCCAAGGUUAGCUUUGAUAUGUUGUAAAAUGAAAUUCAUCAUACACCAAGCUGAAUCAUUUUCCUAUAAAUCACACAUAUGCUGGUGUCAUGAGAAAUGUCACCGUGUGUGUCUUUGCUUUAACACUGCUUCUGUUUUGUGUUAAAAAACAAAGUCCUGAAAAUAUUUUUUUUGUACCAGCCAUCAGUUGAAAUGUGCAAAAAUUAUCUGCCGUGUCUACUACCUACUAUCUGCUACCAUCUAUAGUAUUUCCAAAAUAAAACACUUGACGGUAAGGCA